AUGUCACAUAUGCCUUUACUUAUCAAUCCGGAUGAUCUCGGCCGGGGGCCUCUGAUUAUGGCCCUGACCUGGACUUUUGCCAGUUUAGCAGUCAUUGCCGUGGCACUUCGCUACUAUGUACGCAUCAAACUAAGCAACCGUCUUGUUCUAGACGAUUGGCUUAUAGGUGCUGCACUUUGUUUUGUGAGCGUGGGCUACCAUUAUGGCUUCGGAAAGCAUGAUGCUAGCCUGCGGCCAGAUCAGAUCAUUAACAUCUUGAAAUGGAUGUGGCUUGCAAACACCCCCGGACUCCUUGUUGCUAUCACAGCGCGUCUCUCUAUUGCAGUCCUCCUUGUGCACCUUUUCGGCAAAGUCCACAGAUGGCUCAAGUGGUUCCUGGUCGUGGUGACAGGCCUAUGUACCAUCUUGACGGUCAUAGUUAUUCCAUCCACAUUUCUGCAAACGACUCCUGUUAGCGGGAACUGGAACCCAUUCCAGCCAAGCAAGCGCUGGAAUCCAAAAAUUUAUAUUAGUCUAGCAUUCCUUAGUCAAUCUUUAUGGACCUUUACCGAUUUAACAUUUGUCCUGUUUCCAGUCAUGAUUAUUUGGCGGCUUCAAAUGUCUCUUGGGAAACGAAUAGGCCUGAUACUUCUCAUGAGCGCAUCGCUACUCACCAUGAGUAUGUCGAUUCUCAAAACUAUUAGCCUCCAGCGUAUCGCCGAUCAACAAGCAGACCCUACCGCUACUGAUGCCCAAUAUAAUGCCUCCCUUACUAUCCUUUGGUCCUGCCUCGAGCAAGCCUUUGUCAUUAUAAUGGGUUGCAUCCCACCCCUAGGUUCUAUCAGGAAGCUGCAGGUACCACAGUCCUUAUCGAAUACUUUGGAUAGUAUUGUGCGGUUGAUUAAGCCGUCUAAGGCGGCAGUAAUGGACUCGCACAAACUCAACAGCGACGCUGGCUCUGGAGGCUAUACAAACCUAGAAAUGUCAAAGAAUAUACCCGGCUGGGCUGGCAGCAAAAGCGGAGCGAUGUCGGGCGAGGGGAUAUCUGGAAGCCAGCAGGGUCUGGCCAAGGGUGAUUCAAAUUCUGAGAAUAAUGGCACCCACCAUGUGUAA